AUGAAUGAUCGACGACGGAUCAAUGGGCCACCUGGUGGUACCAGGCCUCCAGUAUAUGCCUCCCUUCUUGAAUCCGGCACAGGCGCUGUAGAGCGAGCCCAUCGCCAGCGUCAGCCAGUCGAUCUACGGAAAAUCUUCCUGAGGACCGGCCUAAUCCCUUCUGCAUCAGGAUCCUCAUAUCUUGAAUUCGAACCUUCCUCCUCCCUCGCCCUCGCUCGCUCACACCCCAAAUCUCUGAUCCAACCCUCCUCAGCGCUGAAAAUGACAUGCACAGUUCACGGCCCAAAGCCACUGCCCCGGUCUGCGGCAUUUUCGCCGAACCUGGUCUUGACAACAAUUGUCAAGUACGCGCCUUUUGCUGCGCGCAAGCGCAAAGGUUAUCUUCGUGAUGUUACCGAGCGAGAUCUCGGUGUUCACCUCGAGACAGCUCUUCGCGGCGCAAUCAUUGCCGAUCGAUGGCCAAAGAGCGGUAUCGAUGUCACUAUCACUAUCCUUGAAGCUGAGGAUGAUCGUUGGUGGGGAGAUGCGCCUGAUGCGCACGAUGCUUCAUGGGGCAUGAUGAAUGUUCUUGCGGCAUGUAUCUCCGCCGCAUCAGCUGCUAUAGCCGAUGCCCGCAUCGACUGCUUGGACUUGGUUGCUGGAGGUGUUGCUGCUUUUGUCUGUGGCGACCCGCUGUCAACCGUUCCUAACCCGAGCUUGGUUCUUGAUCCUGAUCCGGCGGAACAUCGCUCUAUCAUGUCUGCUUGUGUUCUGGCGUACAUGCCUGCUAGAGAUGAAAUUACCGAGAUUUGGCUCAAGGGAGAUAGUUCUGACCAUGAUGCUUUGAUUGAUGGAGCUGUUGAGGCUGCUCGAGGUGCUCAUACUGUUCUAUCUGCGGCUGUUAAAGAGUCUUUGAUGAAGACACUUGCUUAG